GCUCAGCGCGUCUCUGCAGCGGCGGCUGCAGCUGCUUUGCUGGGAGGAAGUGGCCACUGAGGCACUAAUCGGCCCAUGUGAUCGCUGCGCCCCGAUUCGGUGGUUGGUGCUGCCCAGCCCCAGGGCAGAGGAUGGGAACCCAGCACCGGGAGCAUGUGACAAAAGCGUAUUUUAACUCCACCCCCGGGGACUGGGUCGCCACUGAGCCGGACUGGGAGACCAAAGCACCAUCGGCUGCAGCCCUCCGCAAGUGCCGCUGGCUUCGCGAGGUAUUAAAGAUCUGCACAGAGGCAGCUCCCCUGACACAACUGCUUGCUAGGAUGGGAAGGAAACUGGAUCUUUCCAAGCUAACAGAUGAAGAGGCCAAGCACGUCUGGGAGGUGGUUCAACGGGACUUUGAUCUGCGGAAGAAAGAGGAAGAAAGAUUGGAGGAACUGAAAUGCAAGAUUGAAAAAGAGGGCACCAAGAGGGAGCUCCUGUCCAAUCAGUCCCAGCUCAACGAGACCCACUGCGUCCACUGCCUGCAGCCCUUCAAGUUCCUGGUGAACAGCAAGCGCCAGUGCUUAGACUGCCACUUCUACACCUGCAAGAACUGCAGCCGCUACAACAAAAAGGAGCAAGCCUGGAUCUGUGACCCUUGCCGCUUAUCUAGGAUUGUGAAGAUUGGCUCCCUGGAGUGGUAUUAUGAACACGUGAGAUCCCGGUUCAAGCGGUUUGGAAGUGCUAAAGUGAUGCGGUCUCUCUACGGCAGGCUACAGCAUGGGCAGAAAAUUAAUCCAACGUUGCUAGGUCUUCAUGACAGAGUUUACAGCUUGCCAGACAUCAACAGUGAGUGCCAGCUGCGUGCCGGCGGCAGGGUGCACAGUGACAGCGAUGAUGAAGAUGACCUGGUGGAUGGAGCCGAAGCUGAGCACUAUACUAGGAUGCGCAAGACAAAGCGCCUGCUGUCUGUUCAUCCCUUUGAUUUUGAACUGGACUCAGAAUAUUCUGCUCAAUCACGCCGUCAAUCUGUGCAGCUUUCUCAAACUCCGGUCAACCAGGAUGGCCACCAGUCAUUCCCGGAUUUCCCUGAUGCCGGCGAGGACACCUCCCGGAAGGAGACAAUGAUCGCUGAAGCAGACCUGGCUGCAGUGUUCCACCAGAUCCUGCAGGAGCAGGGACAACAUAUGACCCCUCCAGAGCAGGAGUUUAGCACCGAGGUCCGGCUGACAGUGAACUCACGAAGGAAGAGCCUGGAAAGGAAUCCCAAACCUGGCAGCCCAUGGAACGAGCGGCACCGACCCCAGUACUCAGCGGAUAUGGACACUUCCGAUGAGGACGUAAAGGGAGCCCAGAAGAUACCUGUCUAUCAGCCCCAUCACGUGAAACGCCGAAACAGAGCCUCCUCCCAGGAGAAUAUAAACCACUCUGGAAAUCAGAUAUUUGAACUCAACAAACGUAUGUCAGCUAUUGAACGCAUGCUGAACCGUCUGGAAGAAAGAAUCCUGGUGCACUCAGAAGAGUCUCCGGCCCCCGAGUCCCACACCGAUCCUGAUGUGGAAGAGGAGGAAUUGAAGAGGAAGCUGGAGGAGUUAGCCAGCAACAUCAGUGACAAAGGAGUUUCUUCUGAGGAAGAAGAGGAAAAGAAAAAGGAUGAACCAAAACCCGAAAUGAGCUCCUCCAGCAGUGACCCACCCAGUGAUGCUCAGAAGGUCUCCACGACUGCUGGAAAGACAUCCGGGCUGGAGCAAACCCCGAGGGACCUAGCGGAACGCGCGCGGCACAGCGGGACCACAGACUCCGAGCUGUCAGAGCUGGAGGACAAAGUGGCAUCGGCGGCCGUGCAGAUGCAGCGUGCCGAGAGCGAGGUUUCCGAUAUAGAGUCUCGAAUCGCAGCGCUGAGUGCUGCUGGGCUGACAGUGAAACCAGUGGAAAAGCCAAAGAAGAAAUACAGCACGCAGCUGUUUAUGCUCCAGCCUCCCCGGAACGCAGGUAGCGGCCAAGGAGAUCAAAGUACGGACUCUUCAGAGAUGGCAUCGCCAAAUGACUUCAAAGUAAUGUCUAUGCCACAGGUGUUAAGGAGAAAAUUCAACAGUUCCCUUGAAAUUGCCGACGGCGACGAAUCCUUUGAUCGAAACUCCAUUUACCGAGGCUCUUUGACACAAAGGAACCCCAACGGGAAGAACAGGAAAGCAGAUCGCAUCUUCGCGAAGCCUGUGAUGACCCAUCGACCCUGAAGAAGAUGGAGCCUCAAGACACUGCAAUUUUACUAACAAUGCCUGGCCUCAGCUCAGAGCUUCAUCUUUAUUUCCCUCAACACAUUCUCCGAAGGGCUGGACAGAGAGGAGGAGGCAGUCCCGUGGGACAGGGAAAUCCUGCCGAGUUGUGCUUACAGAGCUCCGGCUCCACCUCGCUACCCAAGAAAUCAAGUCCCAAUAAGAAACUUGCUGCCUGUUCCUGACAGGAUUUCCAGCCCACAGUGUCUGGCAAAGCAGCCCCAGCUCUUUGUGACACCACACACCCACUCUGUCUCUUCCGCAAAUCUCCGUUGUUGUGAAACCAGGGCAUCUGUCUGCAUUUGAAAGCAGCGUUGUCAAGGCUGGGAGCUGGGAGGGUUAACUCAGUGGGCCAGAUACAUGCUGGGUGUAAUUCUGGUGGCUUCAGUGGAGUGAGUUGCUUUCCUCUUGGGUUGGUGCAGAGAAGUCAGUGAUUGGACCCAGCAGUGUUCAAGAGUUUGCAGUGGAUUUAAAGUGCCCACUCCCCACUGCCUUGAAUGGGCGUCAUGUGCGUAAAACCCAGCCCAACACUCUGAAACUGUGCGGCUAGAUGUUUGCAAAGGUCACUCUGCAGUUCUCCAAGUUCUUUCCAUUCGCCCCUCUCCCCUCUCCCCCCCCAUGGGCAGGAGCGACAGAAGCUUCCUAAAAGAGGGCUGGAGGCCACCUCAGUAUUUUAAAAUGGAAACAUCUAGUUUAAGAAUGAUCCAUGUGAAUCCUCGUGUGAGUAACAUGUCAUUGCAUUAGGCUUUGGUCACGAGCGGAAGCACCGAACCUCUGCAGAUCCGUCCUGCAGUCACUUCAUUGCAAUAGCAGUGAGCUGGACACAGAGUUACCACGUCACAGGAAAUUCUGUGCUUUGGGGCAUUUUUACCGUUCUGAAAUGGAACAAAAACAAAAUAUUUUAUCUCCAGCGGAACCAAAUUCCAAAAAAAGGUUGGGGGUCAAUCAAAACAUUUCCUUUCAAUAAAACUGAAACCUUUAAUUUCCAUUUCGAUCUCAAAACUUUCAAAUGUUUUUAGAUAAAAAAGUUGUUUUUUUUUAAAAAGUCAUCUUGAACUGAAAAAUGAAAAUGUUUUAGUCACAAUAUGCCAAAAUUGGAUAUUUCAAUGUUAUUAAAAUGCUUCUUGGGAUGUGGAGAAAAUUCAUCAAAAUCGACAUGUUUUUCAAAACAUUCUGAUUUGACAAAAUUUGCAUUUUGGGGGUAAAAAAAACAAAUUUUGAUGAAAAUUUUCCAACUAGCUGUAGUUGUGACCAACUAAUGGUAUUUGUAUCGUCAGCCUACUGUUCUUAUUCUCUUGGUCAUGAUAGCUGAAAUGAACCAAUGCGACUUCUCCGCAGCUGCUGCCUCAUUUUUAGUAUAAUUCAUGGAGAAGCUACUUAAAUGCUCAGAUUCCCUUCAUGACCCUUUAGAAGUCACUUCCAUUCUCACUAGUAUAGUCCAAGCUGAGAUCCUGAGUUCUCUUUAAGUUGGCAUAUGGCUAGGCUGUUCCAAGAAACCAGUAUAAUUAUCUCUCUGUUAGAAACCAACUUCUAGCCACAACCAUGUCAUCACAGCCCCCUGCAAGUCAAUUAAAUGACCAGUUGUGUAUAUAUCUCACCACUGAGCUGACAUCAAGCAUAACCCAGUGACCCAGAUCCUCAGCUGGUGUAAGGCAACUCAGUUGAAGUCAAUACAAUGAUGCAGAUUUAUACCAGCUGAGGACCUGGCCUGGUGUUUUUUUAAAGCCACA